GCGUGGUAGCAGAGGAGCCAGGAUCCUGUUGGUGGAGAACGAGGCACGACACAUUUGAACAUUUUAACUAGAAUUGUGUUUGGUACAGUUCAUUAGUUAGUGAAAGGUGAAUUGGCGGAAGAGCACCUACAGCGUUAUCAUUCUGUACAUUUUACUUUAAUCGAGCUACAGGACAACUACGGCGCUGAGGAUAUGAGUAUGGCCGCACUUCCCGAGGUCCGCGGACUAAUGACUGAUGAGAAUGAGGCUAGAAUUCUGAGAGUGAAAGUCAUAGCUGGAAUUGGUUUGGCCAAGAAAGAUAUCCUUGGAGCCAGUGAUCCAUAUACAAGAGUGUCCCUUUAUGACCCUGUCAAUGGAGAACUAACAAGUCUUCAGACUAAAACAAUUAAAAAGACAUUGGAUCCGAAGUGGAAUGAGGAAUUCUUUUUCAGGGUUCAUCCCAGGAAGCAUCGGCUGUUGCUGGAGGUGUUUGAUGAGAAUCGUCUGACACGUGAUGACUUUCUGGGGCAGGUGGAUGUACCAUUACACCAGAUACCGACAGAAAAUCCUAACAUUGAAAGGCCAUACACAUUCAAGGAUUUUCUACUUCACCCGAGAAGUCACAAAUCCAGGGUCAAGGGUCAUCUCCGUCUGAAGAUGACCUACCUACCCAAAAACAACUCAGAGGAUGCUGCAGAACAGACUGAAGACAUGGAUCCUAGCUGGGAGUUUCUAGAGGGCCAGGACAUGUCCGGUCCCAGGCACAACCACCUGCUGCCUGCAAUGCCCCCUGGCUGGGAGGAGAGGCAGGACAACCUGGGCAGGACCUACUAUGUCAACCACGAAACCAGGACGACACAGUGGCACAGGCCCAUAGUACAAGACAGCCAGGUGGAGGCAGAGCAAAGGCAGAACAUCCACAUGGAGGCCCAGCACGCCUUCACCGCCCGCAGGCAGAUCUCUGACCAAGAGGACUCCAACGACAGACAAGAGUCUCCUGAGAGCUGGGAAAUCAUGACAGAGGAUGAGUCCACCUUGUACAACAGCCAGCGCUCCCCCCCUCCACCCCAUUCCCCCCUGGAGUUUCACUCCUUCUGUGAUGAGCUCAGUCGCCUCCAGGCCUCGGGUGCCACAUCCGGCAACCGACGUACCUCCCUCCAGCUGCAGGGCCCUUCCAGUCAUUCAAGUCACUCCAGUCGCAGAGGCAGUGCCCAGACUCUGACCGUAGAGGAGCACCCUGUUCAUCCUGUGUUGUUAGCAACCUCAGCGGGGCUGCCUCCAGGCUGGGAGGAGAAGCAGGAUAGUAAGAGCAGACCCUACUACGUUAAUCACAACAGCAGGAUAACCACUUGGACACGGCCACUCAUCCAGAUAACCUCAGAGGCAGCAGCCCAGGCUGUUCUGUCCCAGAACGCCACUGUGUACCAGCCCCCCAUGCUCUCUCCUGAGGGCUCCCCCCAGCACUCCCCCGGCUCACAGAGGGAGUGUGGCUUCAUGCCGGCGGGCUGGGAGGUCCGCAAUGCCCCCAACGGAAAACCCUUCUUCAUCGACCACAACACUAAGACCACUUCCUGGGAGGACCCCAGGUUGAAGAUUCCUGUGCACAUGAGGAGGAGACCUUCGCUAGACCCAACUGACCUCGGGCCAAUGCCGCCUGGCUGGGAGGAGAGGGUCCACAGUGAUGGGAGGAUAUUCUACAUAGAUCACAACACGAAGAACACACAAUGGGAUGACCCCAGAUUGCAGAAUUCAGCCGUAACUGGACCAGCUGUGCCUUACUCCAGAGACUAUAAACAGAAGUAUGAAUACUUCCGGAAGAAGCUGAAGAAUCCGGCUGACAUCCCCAACCGCUUUGAGAUGAAGCUCAGGCGGAACGCCGUGCUAGAGGACUCCUACAGACGAAUCCUGUCAAUCAAGAGGGCCGACUUCCUGAAGGCGCGGCUGUGGGUGGAGUUUGAGGGAGAGAAGGGCUUGGAUUACGGGGGCGUGGCCAGGGAGUGGUUCUUCCUCAUCUCCAAGGAGAUGUUCAACCCCUAUUAUGGGCUGUUUGAGUAUUCUGCUACGGACAACUACACUCUGCAGAUCAACCCCAACUCAGGCCUCUGCAAUGAGGACCACCUGUCCUACUUCAAGUUCAUUGGCCGUGUGGCAGGCAUGGCUGUCUACCAUGGCAAGCUGCUGGACGCCUUCUUCAUCAGGCCUUUCUACAAGAUGAUGUUGCAGAAGCCCAUUACUCUACAGGACAUGGAGUCUGUGGACAGUGAGUACUUCAACUCCCUGAAGUGGAUAUUGGAAAAUGACCCGAUAGACCUGGAUCUGAGGUUCACCAUAGACGAAGAGCUCUUUGGACAGACACAUCAGCAUGAGCUGAAGCCAGGAGGAUCUGAAAUAGUUGUCACCGAUGACAACAAGAAGGAAUACAUCCAUCUUGUCAUGCAGUGGAGGUUCGUGAACAGGAUAUUGAAGCAGAUGACCGCAUUCAAGGAGGGAUUCUAUGAGUUGAUACCCCAGGAUCUCAUCAAGAUCUUUGACGAGAAUGAGCUGGAACUUCUGAUGUGUGGCCUGGGAGACGUGGAUGUGAACGACUGGAGGGAGAACACAAAGUACAAGAAUGGCUACUGUCCCAACCAGCCUGUCAUCCUGUGGUUCUGGAAGACUGUUCUGCUGAUGGAUGCAGAGAAGCGUAUCCGCCUGUUGCAGUUUGUGACUGGCACCUCCCGGGUCCCAAUGAAUGGCUUUGCUGAGCUCUACGGGUCUAACGGACCACAGCUGUUUACCAUUGAGCAGUGGGGAACACGAGACAAACUACCUAGAGCCCACACGUGCUUCAACCGGCUGGACCUGCCUCCCUAUGAGUCGUUUGAGGAGCUGAGGGAGAAGCUACACAUCGCCAUAGAGAAUGCACAAGGCUUUGAUGGAGUGGAUUAGGGGAGUGUGUGGCCUAUGGCGCAGAUGUUAAAAUGGCAGUCACUGCCAGUGAACUGAGGGCUAGCACCAAGUUUUGUGCUGUAGUUCUGUUUAAUGCUGAUAAAACACCUAAUAUUCAGGUCCAGACCUGACCUGUCAACCGCCUGAGAAGAUGGGGAACAAUCACAGACAGCAAAGUCUUUGGUGCUCCUCUCUCCUGCACAGUGGAAGGGAUGGAUGAUGAGUGAAAAUCACUUCUUAAAUCACUCUUGGUCUGUGAAGUUUACAAAUAGUUUUUUUGUUGUGUCUCGUAAACAUGUAUGUAUACUUAAACCAGAUCUAUAUACAAUUUAUCAAAUGCAUUAUAUCAUACAGAUAUUAUUGUUCAUCUAUGAUAAACAUUCUAUCAUGAGGAGAUUGACAUUGGACUCGAUAUACAUUACCGUAUAUACACUGGUGUCGAAAGCAUUUCACAGGGAUGCUGGCCCAUGACUCCAAUGCUUCCUACAGUUAUGUCAAGUUGGCUGGAUGUCUUUUGAGUGGUGGACCACGGGAAACUUAAGUGUGAAAAACCAUGCAGUGUUGCAGUUCUUGACAUAAACCGGUGCGCCUGACACCUACUCCCAUACCACGUUCAAAGGCACUUCAAUCUUUUGUUUUGCCCAUUCACCCUCUGAA